GUUACGACAUUGUUUGGGUGUCUUUAGAGUCUAGAACCUUUUCUUUAAGGCAACUAGCUUUAAGAAAACAUUCGUGUCUCUGUCCGUGACUGCCGUGGGACCCAUUAGCUCGAGGAUUUACAUCACGGAUACAUCGUGGGGACUUCUGUCUUGUGAUUUUCUACAGCUUUAGGGAACAAGGGAUCAGUUGGAUGAACGUGUAGUACAGGCGUUGUGUAAUCGUUGUGUAAUCAUUGUGUAAUCGUUGGGCACUUGAUGGUUUUAAAACAAACAUGAACCUCCGUGUUGAGGAUAGUGUUCUAAUUGUCGCCUUGUUGAGCCUCGUGACGGUGACCCAGGCAGUGACGCCACCACCCACACCAGUGGCGCCCGAUGUCUCUUGUGGUGACGUCAUGGACGAAUGCCAGACGGCCUUUAGUCAAAGUCAACGAACAAGGGCUGACGUCAGAGCUCUCCAGCAGUGCGUCAAUGACGUCGACUGUGGCGAUGACGCCGAUGGGGAGGCGAAAAAGGAAAAGUUGUCGCUCUACAUCAAGCUGUCAGUGCUGCACUACUCCAGAUCCGAUGAGUACGGCCAUAACACAGCACCCACACUGUACGGCCCGUGUGCUGAAGUUGUGGCCACAUUAAGCUUGCUGCUCUACACGAUCUUGGCCAUGUAGCGCCACAAACACCAUCAUCACCAACUAGAUCAGCGUCAACAUCACCAACUACAUCAUCGAUAACUAGAUCAACACCAACAUCACCAACUAGAUCAGCGUCAACAUCACCAACUACAUCAUCGAUAACUAGAUCAACACCAACAUCACCAACUAGAUCAGCGUCAACAUCACCAGCUAGAUCAACACCAACAUCACCAACUAGAUCAACACCAACAUCACCAACUAGAUCAGCACCAACAUCACCAACUAGAUCAGCACCAACAUCACCAACUAGAUCAACACCAACAUCACCAACUAGAUCAGCGUCAACAUCACCAACUAGAUCAACACCAACAUCACCAACUAGAUCAACACCAACAUCACCAACUAGAUCAACACCAACAUCACCAACUAGAUCAACACCGACAUCACCAACUAGAUCAACACCAACAUCACCAACUAGAUCAGCACCAACAUCACCAACUAGAUCAGCACCAACAUCACCAACUAGAUCAACACCAACAUCACCAACUAGAUCAGCGUCAACAUCACCAGCUAGAUCAGCACCAACAUCACCAACUAGAUCAACACCAACAUCACCAACUAGAUCAACACCAACAUCACCAACUAGAUCAGCACCAACACCACCAACUAGAUCAGCGUCAACAUCACCAACUAGAUCAGCACCAACAUCACCAACUAGAUCAACACCAACAUCACCAACUAGAUCAACACCAACAUCACCAACUAGAUCAACACCUACAUCACCAACUAGAUCAACACCGACAUCACCACAAGAUAAUUUAUUAAUCAUAGAUGCUCUUGGUGAGAAAGAUUCCAAAAAGUAAAUCGCCAUAUCGUCUUUUAUUUCACAUUUCUCCUCACAACAUGUGAAACAACGAGCGACUGGUCUGUUUCAAACAGCAGGCUGCUUACAAAUAUUUGAAAUACUUGAUUGGUUCGAAAAUGGUGAGAAAAUUCUCAGCGUCGCAUUAGAGUGUACUAGCCAUCAAAGGGAAAUAACCUUUCGGACAGCUAUAUUUUUGUCUUUAUUUAAACAAGACAAUCUGUGUACUCAUUUAGUACUCCCAUUAUCCGUCACACUACUCAAUGACUUUUACAUUGGUCACGCCAAAACACCGUAUCACGCCAAAACACCGUAUCACGACAAAACACCGUAUCACCGCCAAAAAUUCCUCACACAAAAACAUAAUCACCCAGUUCAUCCCGACACACAUUAGAUGUUUAUGGUACAGCCUACGUCUGUCCAGAUUUUUUUUUGUUCCGGUGAAACUAAAAUUCAACUUUUUAAACGACUGACCUGAGGAUAUAAAAAGAAUGAAACAGUUCAAAGCAAAUUGGACAGAAAAGUAUGGUAGACUUACAAACAAAAACAUUUGACAGAAAAUUUGUUAAACUUACAGAAGAGAAAGUAUGACAGUUUAUGACAAAUCAAUUAAAACAGUAACAGACUAGAAAAUUCGACAUAAGAUGAAUGACUUAGGACUGACAUACAACACGUUGAAUUAAUAUGUCUCACUUACCAAUUAUGUAUUAAAAAGAUUCAUAUGC